AUGAUGGGGCAGUACCAGCUAAAGGUCACCGACUCCUCCGGGCACCUCCUGUACUCCAGGGACGACGCCCGCAAAGGGAAACGUACCUUCAUCACGGAGGAUCCUGAAAUCUACGAGAUCUGCUUCGAGAGUCACGGGCAGCCAGGAGCAAAUCCAGCAGCUGCGGCACCCGGCUCCCCGGCCUCUCCCCUCAACAGUUCCUCUCCAUCCGGGCUUCCUGGGACUUUCCAGACCCCUGCCGCACUGGUCCACUUCAGCAUCAAGUGUGGCGUGGAGGCGCGGAAUUACGAGGACAUCGCGAAGGCAGAGAAACUCAAGCCCUUGGAAGGCGAUUUGCGCCGGCUGCGGGACCUGUCCGAUUCCAUCGCCAAAGCGUUCGCCUCCGUGAAGCAGUGGAAGGAGGAAAGCAGCCGCAGAAAUGGAUCGGGUGGUGCCUGUGUCGUCUUCUUCAGCAUCAUCCUGGCCUUUUGGCUGGUCUUCUGCCUCGCAUGGUUUUUCAAGGCGAAGAAACUCAAGGAAUGAUGGAGCUUUGGUUGAGGUUGGGAGGCAAGAGGGAGGCGAAAAUGAAUUUCCCACCCUCCCUGGACAGCCCGCCUCCUUUUUCCAGAGAACUCGGGAAGAAUUAGGCUUCAGACUUUCCCAGAAGUGACAACCCCUGGUCCCCAAUCCCCAAGAACUGAAGGAAACACUCUUUCCCCCCAAGACUCAGUCCAUCCCUUGCAAUGGAAAAGCACAAGACCUUCAGAGACGUUUGUGUUUCGACUCCAGGUGUUUACUAGGUGACUCUCUGAGCAACUUUGGAGUAGCUGCUUCCAUGCUACAUACCUGAGGGGCUGGACUAGAUGCCCUCCGCAGUCCCUUUCAGCUCUGAAUCUAUGACGGCACGGCCUAGAUUUUCUGAAGAAUAUUGGAAAAGCGGAAGGAUACUAACUGGAAUUCAAAGCUUCUCAAGGAUGUUUGCUUGUGGCAAAUUCAAGACAGAGCACAGAAAAUGUGUGUGGAAUUCCUGGCCACCAGAUGGGUCGGUCGCUGUUAGCUUGAGAGGAUGGGGCAAAUUUGUGAUGGUGGGUAGUUGCAUCAAGGUGUAUUUGACCUCAUGAGAACAGGACCCCGUCUGCCCCCCAUGUUUAGAAGCCUUCUUCACUGGAAAUGAGGAUGAGGAGGGCAAUUAGCUUUGCUUCCACUCCGUACUUCAGUUUGACUGACCUGGCCAUCGUCUUAUGUGCUGGACUACAACUCCCAUAAUCCCCCAGGCAGCACACGACAUUCUAGAUGUGUUUGAUUAUGCUGGCUGGGGGAUUGUGGGAGUCAUAGUUAACACAACUGGAAGGCUGGAUGAAGGCUGUCCUUCCUGAAGGGCUGGCCUGGUCAGUGUUGGAAACAGAACACUAGAUAGGGAAAGGCAUUCUGCACAUGGACAGAAGCCUCUUUCCUUGUUUGGAGAUCAAGACAUCGGAAACAUGGGCAUUUGUAUUGUCAGAGCCAAGGUCCCUACAGACCAGUAUUCCCAACCCUGAUUGGGGGAUGUGCUCUCCAUGGUCAGAGGCAGGAAAAAGCGCAGAAACUUCCGUCAUGCCAGGUUGAAUUAAAACAGUCGGUGCACCUUUA